GGUGCCCCCGAGGAAAUGAGUAAACGACCCGCCAGCAGCCUGGGGGCGGCGCCGGGGCCCCUGGAGAGCCCGCGCGCGCCCCGGACCAGCCCGGAGCAGGAGCUGCCCGCCGCCGCGCCGCCGCCGCGUGUGCCCAGGUCGGCUUCCACCGGCGCCCCAACUUUCCAGUCCCCUGACGCGCGAGCCCGUGAGGCCGAGCGGCCGGGAGCGGGGGCCUGCACGGCCGGGGGCGCGGGGCCCGGCGACGCCCUGCAGUGUAGGAUCCCGGCCCUGCGCGGCCCCGAGGGGGAUGCCGCCGCGAGCGUGGGCAAGGGCACCCUGGAGCGCAACAGCACCCCGGCCGGGGGCUGGGUGAACAUGAGCCAGAGCGCCGUGGUGCUGGGCACGGAUGGCAUCACGUCCGUGCUCCCGGGCAGCGUGGCCUCCGCGGCCGCCCAGGAGGACGAGCAAGGGGAUGAGAAUAAGGCCCGAGGGAACUGGUCCAGCAAACUGGACUUCAUCCUGUCCAUGGUGGGGUACGCAGUGGGGCUGGGCAAUGUCUGGAGGUUUCCCUACCUGGCCUUCCAGAACGGGGGAGGUGCUUUCCUCAUCCCCUACCUGAUGAUGCUGGCUCUGGCUGGGUUACCCAUCUUCUUCCUCGAAGUGUCACUGGGCCAGUUUGCCAGCCAGGGGCCAGUGUCUGUGUGGAAGGCCAUCCCGGCCCUACAAGGCUGUGGCAUCGCAAUGCUGAUCAUCUCGGUCCUGAUAGCCAUCUACUACAAUGUGAUUAUCUGCUACACACUUUUCUACCUGUUUGCCUCCUUUGUGUCUGUGCUGCCCUGGGGCUCCUGCAACAACCCUUGGAACACACCAGAAUGCAAAGAUAAAACCAAACUUUUGUUAGAUUCCUGUGUCAUCAGCGACCAUCCCAAAAUACAGAUCAAGAACUCAACUUUCUGCAUGACUGCCUAUCCCAACUUGACAAUGGUUAACUUCACCAGCCAGGCCAAUAAGACAUUUGUCAGCGGGAGUGAAGAGUAUUUCAAGUACUUUGUGCUGAAGAUCUCUGCUGGAAUUGAGUAUCCCGGGGAAAUCAGGUGGCCACUGGCCUUCUGCCUCUUCCUGGCUUGGGUGAUUGUGUACGCGUCCCUGGCGAAAGGAAUCAAGACUUCAGGGAAAGUGGUGUACUUCACGGCCACGUUCCCGUACGUCGUGCUCGUGAUCCUCCUCAUCCGCGGCGUUACCCUGCCCGGAGCCGGCGCUGGGAUCUGGUACUUCAUCACACCCAAGUGGGAGAAGCUCACGGAUGCCACGGUGUGGAAGGAUGCGGCCACCCAGAUUUUCUUCUCGCUGUCCGCUGCAUGGGGAGGCCUGAUCACUCUCUCUUCCUACAACAAAUUCCACAACAACUGCUACAGGGACACCCUAAUUGUAACCUGCACCAACAGUGCCACGAGCAUCUUUGCCGGUUUUGUCAUCUUCUCGGUGAUUGGCUUCAUGGCCAACGAACGCAAAGUCAACAUUGAGAACGUGGCAGACCAAGGACCAGGCAUUGCAUUUGUGGUUUACCCUGAAGCCCUAACCAGGCUGCCCCUCUCUCCAUUCUGGGCCAUCAUCUUUUUCCUGAUGCUCCUCACUCUUGGACUUGACACCAUGUUUGCCACCAUCGAGACCAUCGUGACCUCCAUCUCGGACGAGUUCCCCAAGUACCUGCGCACACACAAGCCGGUCUUCACUCUGGGCUGCUGCAUUUGUUUCUUCAUCAUGGGCUUCCCAAUGAUCACUCAGGGCGGAAUUUAUAUGUUUCAGCUUGUGGACACAUACGCUGCAUCCUACGCCCUCGUCAUCAUUGCCAUUUUUGAGCUCGUGGGGAUCUCCUACGUGUACGGCUUGCAGAGAUUCUGCGAAGAUAUAGAGAUGAUGAUUGGAUUCCAGCCAAACAUCUUCUGGAAAGUCUGCUGGGCAUUUGUCACUCCAACCAUUUUAACCUUUAUCCUUUGCUUCAGCUUUUACCAGUGGGAACCCAUGACCUAUGGCUCUUACCGCUACCCUAACUGGUCCAUGGUGCUUGGAUGGCUAAUGCUCGCCUGUUCAGUUAUCUGGAUCCCAAUUAUGUUUGUGAUAAAAAUGCAUCUGGCCCCUGGCAGAUUUAUUGAGAGGCUCAAGUUGGUGUGCUCGCCGCAGCCGGACUGGGGCCCAUUCUUAGCUCAGCACCGCGGAGAGCGUUACAAGAACAUGAUCGACCCCUUGGGAACCUCUUCCCUGGGACUCAAACUGCCAGUGAAGGAUUUGGAACUGGGCACCCAGUGCUAGUCCGACGGCAUGGGAUGGCCCAGGCUUGAUCCUGUUUUUUCCUCUCUGCCUCCCCUCAUGGUUUCCCCAACUUUCUUCCCAUUUUCUUCUCUCUCCCCACAUCUUGGUUCAUGUCCAUGCAUGAGAGUGGUUAUGUAGAAAAGUAAGAUAGGGUGUCGCAUGCUGUAGUCAGGAGCUAGACAGCCCACUCGAGGCGCUCUUUGCCUGUGUCCCUGGCGUCAGUUUCCAGGAGGGCUGGUCUUCUGAGCACAUGCCGUACUUGGCAGGGGUGGAUCAACUAGGUGAGCACUUUCCAGUGAAGCCAUAAGUAGGUAUGCAUGACUUGGUCAGCGAUCCACCGCGUGUUGGUGGUGGUGGUGCCAUCGAGACGUAUAUAGGAUGGCGGACUCACAAGUCUGGUGUUUGGACUCAGUAGUGUUGCUGAGCAAUGUAGUAAUUUCUUGCAGAUACAGAAAGUUGAGGAGGGUAUAUUUGGAGCGUCAGCCGUGGCUGCAAAAUGUUUUAGAGCAAGACAAGCCAGUGGAUUUGGACACCGCUGAAGUGGCUGAGUUCGCAUUUCCAUUUGCAACUGGGGAUCUGUUUUCCUUCAUUUAGACCGACCGUUUCAAGUGUGCCGAGAACUCAGAUAUCCCGUCUCUGCACGCUGCGAAUCUCGGUGAAGAACUCUUGUCCUUCGCUUGUCUUUUAAAAAAUUAUUUUUAUUUAUUUAUUUUUGUUUUAAGUUAACCGUAUUUGCGAAUUCUCUUGGUCAUUUUCUCCACCUGGGCAGAAGAAGCCAUCGCGAAUUCGUGCCUCUACGCGGUCAUGGUACAGCUCCAUUCUAGUUUGCACAUGACAUUUAGCGCUGUGGUUCAGUGUCAUGAUCCCAUGUUUCUUCUCUUCAAAAAUGUCUCUCUAUGAGCUGUGGAUUCCUUGUGUCUCAGCCUCUGGGAAAACAAGACUUACCCUGGUUCUGUCUAUAUAUUUUACAUAUAGAAGACACAACUUCGUACAAGACAGACACUUUCUCAGUUUUUACUCUUUUUUCAUUCACAGUAAAUGCCAACUGUGGUCAUAGAGAAACCGAAGAAGCGCGGAGUUUAAUAGAAAGCAACCAUGAUAUUCACUGUGCUGGUAGUACAUUUUAGGUCACUGUAUUUACAGGAAUUUCUGAUAAAUACAGCUUAGGUAAGUAGCAAGUGAGCCAAUUAAGACUAUAGCUUUUAAGACUACAUUUAGCUGAUUCAAUUUUAAGAGUUCCCAAUUCACAGUACUCAUAACUGUGCUCUAAUGAGAGCGAAUCAUAUGUCUGCAGAGACUGGCGAAGCCGUGACCUUUAUUACCUUCUUGUAUCCUGAACACGCAUAUAUGAAAUUUUUAAAAUGUGGUAUGUGUUCAUGUAGUGUGUACGUGUAGUGGUGUUUUCUAUCCUUAUAAAUAUCUUAUGAAUCACUGUAGAGAUGGUGAGUUUAGAGUAGUGUAGUCUGGAUUUUUUUUUUUUCCUUACGGUAAUAAUAUCCAAACCUAAAAUCGUUUCCUUUAGGGGAGACCAUCUCCAUCACUUUGUUUGUUUGUCUUCAUAUUACAGGGUCUCAGGCCAAAGUUUUCAGUUUCAAUCUUGUAUUUUUGAUGUGACAUUUUCAUCCCGUUCAACCGCAGUGAAACCUAACAGAAGACCUUCGUGUGACAUGUUUUCCUUUGCUUUUUGUCUAAAUGACUUCGUUUAUUGAAAAAGAGUCUUAACUCAUUCUACUGAGCUCCUCUUCCUGGGGCAGGUGUCAUUGCCACUUGCCGACAAUGCCGUGAAUUUCCAGGUUUCAAGAACUGCCCGUGGAAACUUGAGAGAAAGGAAACAGAGCUGGGCUUUGAACUGUGGGUUUUCAUCCCUCUCGUCUGCAGUGCACGUGUGUUCUUCCCCCCUCCCUGCCCUCCUUUCCUGCCUCUCUCCCAGAGCUAGAGCCUGCGGGGCUCUAUCCCAGAAACUAAGCGGAGCCUCCCCACGCAUGGCGUUAGGGAGCCGAGCGGUGGCCUCACGUGUCCCAGUGGCUCCCCUAGUGACCGUCUGCCACGAACCCUCUUUUCCCGAGAAAGCCAUAUGGAUGGGGGUCCCCCGUUCCUGUAGCAGGUUCCACGGAGUGGUGCCCAAAACUAGCCUCUCCAAUGGGUGACCGCUGGAGGGGGAGGCAGGGCGGACUGACUUAGGUUUGGAAAGGAUCUGCAGCCUUUCCAGUUGGAAGGCUGGGGUGCAGAGCUGGAAAUCAAUUAGCAUCCUCUUCUCACGGGACUGGUACCCGUGUGUCAGGACGGAUGAUGAUGAUGAUGAUUUCUUUUGGCUUCUCUCUUGCGCCUCUUGGCGAAAACGGGAGUCUGAUGCUGGAUGCCAAGGCGAUUUCUGCUAAUUAGUGCUGUAGUGAUUAAAAGAAGGGGGGAAAUUUAAAUGAGCUGCAAGUUGACUUGUGAGGGCAGGGCCCUCCUCCUGUGUGUCGUGGGGGGGGCACCUACAGUUCCGUCCCUUGGGGUCUGUCCGGGGUAAGCCCCAGGAGCUGUGCCCUGAGCAGUGUUUUUCCUCUUCCCUACGAUUUCCAAGUCUCAUGUAAAGUUUGCCUCAAGAUGAAAGGUCCUGAACUCCCCUGGAAACAGUGACUUUGUAAAGCCGGUUGUCCCCACUCGUGUAGCCACUGCGGCCCCGAGGCUUUCCCUGGCAGAGGGGUUCGGCGCCAGAGCACCCCCACCUUGCAGCCGCUCCCCCGGACCUGGCUGGGGUGCUGACCCCACGGCGGCUCCUGCUCUGUGCUUUCUCCCACCGUCAAUUGGAAGAAAAAAAAAUUGAACGAAUGAAAUGAAAAUGGACAGCCUUGUUCACAGACUGCUACCUGAGCGCUCUCCUUCAAACUGAGUUAAACACCAAGUCGGAAAACCUUUUCGUUGGUUCACUGUGCAGAGUGGUGGGGUGUGUGCCACUUGGAAGGUUAUUUCCCGACACCAACAAAUGCCAGAAACCCAUUCCAAGAAAGAGAGAGAGAGAGAGAGAAAAAAAAAAAGCCAUAUGUUAAAAGCAGUAACCUUGUACUAUCCUUAAAGGACAAAAAAAAAAAAAAAUGUGUAUUUCUUAACUCUUGGUGUUGUGGCUUCUUAUGCAAAUAUUUGUCUUGCAUAUUAGUGACUUUUACUCUCCUUAGGGCUGUGUCACGUUUGUCAUACAGGUGUGUCCGGUGUGGUCUUCUUUUGCCUGUUUCUUUUUCCUUUGUGUGUAUCCGUUGCAUGGAAGCUGUGGUCAACGCAAAAUCUCAAUGACCUCAACGGCUUCGAAAUUUCCAAUGUGUUUUGAAUGUGUAAGAAAUGUAAUCAACUGGUAUUUCAGCGAGCGGCACUUUAAAAAGACUUUAACACAAUGAUCUUGAAGUGGGUAAGACUGGGGUCGUCUUUCCGCGAACAUCGCAUCAGAGUGGAGUUUCCCUCGAUGAAGUUCUUCCUCUGUUAUCGCCACGUGCCUCAGUGCUCCCUGACAGCCUUCACCUGUCAGCGUGGUUUGCCCAGGGCCUGAAAUGAAAACUUUUCUUCCCUCUUUGUUCCCUUGGCCAUCAGUCAUCGUCCUCAUCCCAGAGGCUUGCACAAUAGCUAUUGCUUAACUAACGUACGUGCGACGGCAGGGUCCCACUGCUGCUGCCUGCCGUCCCCGGAUUUGGUUUUGUGACACUCUUCUGUGAGGCAGAUGACUCAAGUGAGAGCAUGUUGUAUGGCAGGUUGGCUUGCAGGCACCAAAGGCCAAGGCCAGCAAACGAGCAUUUCCUCUGUUUCGCGCUGGGUGGGUGAGUUUCAUCUUGAUAGUCCUCCCUCCCCAGUGUCCCAAGGAUUUGUAGAGCGAAGCUCUGUGUCUUUCCCAGACUUCGCUUCCACUGUAUGGGAAGGCCAAAUAGUUUUGAGUUGCGGUCUCGGCUGGGGUCACCUCUGAGCCUCCUGCAGCCAAAGAGGAAGUAUUUUCAGAUUGGGCAUGCAUCGCCUCUGAAAGCGGUGGUUUGAUUUGCCUGCUGUGGAUUAAAUACAUCUUCAGGUAACCAUUUGCCUUAUAGGUGUAUUUUAUUGUUAGGGUGAUACUUAGCAAUUGACUAGGACCUGUUUUGUCUGUCUUUUUUUUUUUUUUUUUUUUGGUCUUUCUUUUGCACUUUAUUAUGGACCUAUCGUGGGAUAGGUUUAUUCUGAAAUUGUGUACUUGGCUAAUGUCCUAAGUGCAGGCGUCUUAUGUGAUACUGUUGCCUAUGAAUAAAGAUAUGUUCCCUAAUCAGGUCCGUAUAUUUUUUCAUUAACUAUACAUGAGGAAAAUAUAUUAUGUUACAAAUGAUGCAUCAUAUAUAUAUAUAUAUCUUACAGAGUGUGUAUUAUAUACUGUGCAUUAUUCAUUUAAAAAGUCAUUAUUCUUGAGGCCCUACCUCAAAUUUUGUAUUUAUGUCUACAAAUGCAAUUUAUUGUAUUAUAUAUUUGCCUAUUAUAUACUGAUAUAAAUUAGAAUUUAUCUUAAUAAUGUAUGAGUUCACG